AUGGACGUCGUCCUCGAGGUCGUCGAUACCUUUAUCGCCGAUUACGCAUACGCCUACUUUCACCCAAAACCUCCAGCUCCCUAUGAUUUCCCAUCGCCCUCAAACUCGACCGAUUCAUCGGCCAAGGCUUUCUCAACAUGGACCUACAAGCCGGCCACUCAAUUCAUCACGCUUGAGCCCGCAGAGGAGGCAUACAUGAGUGCUUGGGAUCGCGAUAACCCUCUUCGACAGGCUCUGACCCUAUAUCUUAUCACUUGGAUCUUUGGUCUUCUCGUCUACUUCAUCGUAGCGACACUCUCAUACAUCUUCAUCUUCGACAAGCGAACAUUUGAUCAUCCUCGCUUCAUCAAGAACCAAGUCCGACUUGAGAUCAUCGCAGCCAACAAGGCCAUGCCUGUUAUGGCCAUCAUCACAGCACCUUUCUUCCUUCUCGAAGUUCGCGGAUACGGCAAACUAUACGACACCACUGAAGAUGGACCCGGGCUCUGGUACGACUUCCUCCAGUUCCCGCUCUUCCUCCUCUUCACCGACUUCUGCAUCUACUGGGCUCAUCGCUGGCUUCACCACCGCCUGGUCUAUAAGUACCUGCACAAGCUUCACCACAAGUGGAUCAUGCCUACACCCUUUGCUAGCCAUGCUUUCCACCCUCUCGAUGGCUUCACCCAGUCGUUGCCAUACCACAUCUUCCCCUUUAUCUUCCCGCUCCAGAAGAUGGCAUAUGUAGCGCUUUUCGUGUUUGUGAACCUCUGGUCUGUCAUGAUCCACGAUGGCGAGUAUCUCACCAACAACCCCAUUGUCAACGGCGCUGCUUGCCAUUCUCUCCACCACUCUCGCUUUGAGGUCAAUUACGGCCAGUUCUUCACUGGCUUUGACCGCAUGGGUGGCACAUAUCUCAUGCCUGAGCAGUGGAUGUUCGAGCGGAAUAUGAAGAUGUCAGAGGGUCGAUGGAAGAAGGAGAUUGAGAAGGUGGAUGAGCUUAUUGAAGAGAUCGAAGGUAAAGACAACCGUACAUACGGUUCGUCUAGCACGAAGAAGACCCAAUAA